AUGCAACAUCUUCUGUUCAGCGUUCGUCCUCAAGAUCGACCUCCACUGAAUCUGCGACUAGUAUGUGGUGAAAUAGAGCUCCCGCAAAAGUCUGAAAAGUUACCCGGCAAAGGCAUUCUGCGCCGCGACUGGCCGUCGAAAUAUUUGGAAAGGGUUCCAGCAUUGAUUGUGCUAUUCCUUGAUCUUGAUUGGGAUCACUCGUCGUGGAAUGAGAAAAAAACUGAAGCCGAGAGCAAAUGCGCUAGCCUCCGAUCCAGUGCGGGACAUUCGAGCAGAUUGGCUGUGGUUCUGCUGCAACAAAGGUCUGUUCCAACUUCGGGUGAUGAUCCGUUAGCUACAGAACGUGCACACGAACUAUGCCAGAUAUGUCAUCUAACGCCUCGCCAGCUUUUCGUUGUACCUAUGCUGGGUGAUCUUACGGGUUAUGUCGCAAAAUUAGAGUCUGCCUUCCAUGAAUUAGCACAAGGUUUCUAUCAACAAAAGUUGAAGACGAUCCGUGCCCGUUCUAUUCCUAACAAUUCUCCGGCUUUGGUCGUUCGACAAUUGUUUAAAUUGGCCUUCAUUUCUGAGCUACGACAGGAUACCCACACAGCGUAUCGGAAUUAUCGCCUAGCAUACGAACAUUGCAAGGAUCAUGUGGAAAGCUGGGAUGCUGUUGAUAUUUUCGAAUGGCGCAGCGUUGUUGGUUUGCUCAACUACAAAAUUUGUGAGUUGUGUUUUCUGCAUAAUAUGGCCGUGGAGGCGAUCAAUCAAAUGCGCCGUCAUCAAGCGGUCUUCUUUGCCGGUCCCACCGGUGUCUAUCCGACACCUCAAUUAGCAAACAUUGAGUUGCAGUUGUGGAACGCAAAGCAGUGUUGGCAUUUUGCGCAGCUUUUUGAGCAAGCUGUCGUUAGUGGGCUGACCGCUUUGGCCACUUUGAAUCCAGGCACACAUCUUGACUUGGCUGCAUCUCUUUACUCAGCCGUUAACAAAAAUAUAUUGGCGCUUAAAAAGAGUAAUCCAGUAAUGAAGCCCUAUCCAGUUCCUGAUCCAAUGGCCAAUAAUCAGAGUACUGUGUUCUUCGGUCAACGUCCAUGGAGAAUCGGCUAUGAUGGACUUGCUCCACCCAGUGUGGAAGAAGAUGCUGUUACUGCCAUCCUGCAUCGACUGGUCGUUAACUAUGAAGGCGUUAUUUCUCUGUUAAAUGCAGCGAUGGCUCAGUUCAAGAAAUACGGUUGUUUCCGUAUGUAUCGUAAAGGAAUAAUUGAGAAAGCUAACGUUUACUAUUGGAGUGGUGAUUUGGUACGUGCGUUACAGCUUUGGGUAGCUGUCGUGAGAGAAGGCAUUCCACCUGCUGUGCGGUUAGACAUUCUGCAAAAAGCGAUCAGUGCUGCCUACUGCAUAGCCUCUCUCAAGGACUACGUCUGGUGUUGUGUUCAAUUAAUGUUGAACUCCCCAGCAGCUGAGGAUGGACUACGUGCGGUGCUUCAGUGCCAGCCACCUGCACCACCGUUCUCACAGAAUGAUGUGACACCAGCGCAGAUGAUUCAGUAUCAACACAACUGGGCAAAGGUCUUCACUGAGCACCAAUUCUUCAGCAUACAGGCUUCCCACCUUGACACCUUUGUGACUGUCCAGGCAGCAUUUCUUGAAGACGAUGCUGUGCGGAUGGACGCAAAAGUUCCGGUUCGUAUCUGCCUGAAAUCGUCAGCUAUGCAUCCGAUCAGUUUGUCGGCCGUGGUCAUCGGCUGCGAUGUUGAACGACGGCGCCGUGCCGCCGCUACGGUUGCGGAUGUCGCGCCAUUUAUACAAGCUUCACGGCAGUCGAUCACACUGGAGCCUCAAAAGAAAACCACCGUAAUUGUUAUGCUCGACCUGUCCACAGCGCAGAUUCAGAAAGGGCAAACGCUAUGGAUCACACGGGUUUCCUUGGAGUUGGGCGACCGUCAUUCCAAAAUGUUCGGUCAGUUGGAGUACAACUUUGACCACACGCCGUCGUUACAAUCACAACGCCCACGAUCCGAAUUUGGGUGCAGUUCCUUAAAGAUUGCCGCCUCCGAUGGUGAGUUGGUAGCGAAUGCGGCUACAACUCGCGUGAACUGUCUGGUCGCGGAAAUUGCUGCCACUACGCUUGAGUUGAAGAAUACGUGCAACUGCAGAGUGGAGUCCGUUCGACUGGAUUUCAAGCGUAACGAACAACAGACAACUGAAGCAAUAGCAGUUUUUGUUUGUCGAUUGUCGGAUGAGAAUGACGAACUUCGUUCCGAGCUUACGAUAGUAGGAGCGCAAUGUGUGGAAUCUGGGGAGAUGAUUCAUAUUCCCGUUCGGUUUUCUGCGCAACUUGUUGGAAAUAUCGAUUUGGAGUUGGAGGCAAGCUACCUGCUUUUUGGUGAGACUCGACGUCGAACAGGCCGAAUCCAUCUUAGCAUCACCGCCCGAGAGCCAUUCGGCGUGAAGAGUGGUGUGCUUAGUAUGAAUGGGCUCCCGUUGGCCUCUAUUCUUAACCACAGCGAGCAUGUGAUCAAAGCUGAUGUCACGGCCAAUGCUAACAUUAUUAUUACUCACGUUGAAUGGCUCCUGGCUGAUGUCAUAUCACCGGUUGGAGAGCAGGUUUGCGCAAAGUCAACCGAAGAUUGCCUAAUGGAAAGCGAGGUGAUCAGCUACUGCUGUGCUGUCACCAUUAAUGCCUCCGAGGAUGACAUGGAGACACCGCUAGGGCGGUUAGCGAUUGAGUGGAAACGGGCGGACGGCAUGAGUACCGUAAGAUCAGUGGUGCCCUUAUGUCGGGUGCCGUUGAUACAAUGUCCUAUAACAAUCAGCGGUACGCUACUGGAUCCGCGAGCGGCUACCGUAAGGAAUCCGAUUCGAGUGGCGUAUUCAAUAAAGAGUCAUUCUAAAGAGGUAAUCAGCGUGCUGGGGUAUCCUCAAACUACUCUCAUUAUCAGAGCAUUACAUGGGUAG